AUGAAAAAAAAAUAUAAAUACGAAUCAAUCCCUCCUGAUUUGGAAUCUUUAGAUAUCCGUCAUUUACAAAAUAAAACACCUCGUAAUAUGUUAAUAAGUUACGAUAUUGAUCAUUUUAAAACAUUAGAAAAAAAUGCUUAAAAUAAAAUGUUAACUGCUGUCUGUGAGAAAACAAUAUAAUUAGCAAUAGAUUUUUUUUCUCGUUUAAUAAAAAUAAUCCCAAAAUCUGAACCAAAUAUGAGGUAUAAAUAAAGUCACAAAUGUGGGGAAGUAACUGUUCCUUAAAAGGACAUAAUUUAAGGAAAGAGAUCUGACUUACAUAUAUAUGUAUAAUAUAAAAUAGAACCAGAAGAAGAAUAUUAAGCCUAUGCUGGCUGGUGUUAAUUUUUGGAUGUUCUAGGACCUACUCAUGGUUAGGUUGUAUUCAAUUUAGGUUAAUUAAAAAGUUAAAAUAUUAGUAAUCCUAUUGAAUUCGAAGAUUUAAUGGAAAUAGUUAUACAUGAAAUUAUUCAUAUUUUGGGCUUCAUGGGUACUGAUAUACCUAAAUGGGUAAAUAAAUAAAAAAUACAUCAUAGAGAUCCUACUAUUUAAAAAUAAAUAAGGGGUAUUAAUACUUUAUUAAUCAAAACUCCUAACGUUUUGGAACAUGCUCGUAAAUAUUUCGGAUGUCCUACCUUAAUUGGUAUGCCUCUUGAAUAUUCAGAUGACAAAUAAUCUACGAAUUCUCAUUGGAGAAACUCAGACAUACAAAACGAAUACAUGAAUACAUUUGUAUCACCUACUUAGGCUUAUUUUAGUGCUUUUACAACCAAUCUUUUAAGAGACACGGGUUUCUAUUUUGAAAUCAACGCCUCUAUGGAAGAAUAAACAUUCUUUGGAUAAGGAGCAGGCUGUGAUCAUGUUCUUGGCAAAUGCGAUAAACCAACAAAUGAAUAUUGUAAUCCUUAGACUGAUAAUGAUUUAUGUGAUUAUUACCAUCAUGGAUAAUCUGCUUGUUAUCAAGAAUCUGGUUGCAAUGUUUUAGUUAACUACUCAAAUGGAAAUUGCUGGGAUACUAAUAGUAAUUAAAACACAAUAGAGGUUUAAUAGAAUAAAGGAGCCAAAUUUGGAUUUAAUUCUAGAUGUUUUAACGGAAAUUUAUUAGUUAAAAGUUCUAAACCAAAUAAAUAAAAUUAAAAAAUAGAAGGAAAUUGCUAUGAAUAUGAAUGUGAUUCUAAAAGAUAAUAAUUGACUAUUUGGGUAGGUAAAAUUAAGAAAGUUUGUAAGAAUAAUUUAGACAAAUUGGAAUUUGAGGGAUAUUAAGGUUAUAUACAAUGUCCGAAAAAUAUAUCUGAAUUUUGCUCAUUUAAAAAAUUAUGCCCUGGUUUUUGUAGUGGAAACGGAUAUUGCUUAAAAAAUACAUGUAAUUGUGCUGAUGAAUAUGCUGGAAACGAUUGCUCUAUUGAAAAAAAUCGUUGAUAUAUGCU